AUGAGUCGCAGGCUUUCAGUCGUCGAUCUCACCUCUGCGCAAGCGAGUUCUGAUCACCGCUCUUCUACCUCUUCUCCCCCCGAUCAACCGUCGACACUAGAUCGGGCGGGGAGCCAAACCACGCCCCGCGGGAUUAAGCGUCGACGUGAAAACGAUGGCUUCUGGAGCCCCAACUCUUCAGAUAGUUCUGAAGAGGUAGAGCAGGAAGAGGAGGCUAUUGAGUCCAUUGAUCUCACUGAACCUGAGACUUCACUCCAAAAAGCGCUUGCGAAACAACAGGAGGAUGCGAUCAAGGCCCAGCAGUCAGCAGAAGGGGAGAGAAGCGGAUCCGUUCUCAGCGCAUACAAGUGUCCUGUGUGCAUGGACACGCCGGAGGAUGCAACCAGCACUGCGUGUGGCCACCUCUUCUGCCAUCGCUGCAUCGUUGAAUACCUGAACUCGGCCGACCAACGAUUAGACUCGAGCAAACAAACCCGGGGUACAUGUCCAAUAUGCCGAAAGGUUAUUACAAAGGUUGACAAGAGCGGGCCCAAGAGGAGUCUUAUUCCCUUAGAACUCAAGUUGACAACAAAGAAGCGAAGUUUGGUCCCGCCUUCUCAGGCGUGA